AUGGCGAAAGGAUUUAAGCACCGGUUUAUUGUUUUCAAGCGCAAAGGCAAACAGGAAGUCGUUACCAUAGGUAAGAGAGGUGUUAUAGAGAAUCGAUUUCCGUUUAAAGACGACCGCGAAAUGAAAGAAAUUGUUACAGCCCUAUUUCCACAUUUGAAGUCAAGGCCCGAGUACAGUCAUGAACCUCAAGAGCUAGAGCCACCUCAAGUACUUUGUUCGAACUUUGGUCAACCAGAAAGCAGUUCUCCUGAAUCUGCUAAACUAUUGUUCGACGAAUUCGGAUUCGACAAUUUCCCAGCAGAUUCUUGGGAUUUUUUCAACCCUACAGAAGCUUUUUAG